AUGUCCUCCUCCUCAGGCGUGAUCGUCCUCGACAACGGCGGCGGGCUCUGUAAGGCGGGCUUCGGCGGCGAUAGGGACCCCGUAGCAGUUGUGCCCAACUGCCUCGGCCGACCCGCCGGCGCCGGCGGUAAACGCUGGAUGGUGGCUGAUCAACUCCUGGCGCCCGAGGUCGAUGUCACCUCUUUGGCCCUUCGCCGUCCCUUCGACCGAGGCUACCUCAUUAACACCGACCUCCAGCGGGAGGUUUGGGAUCGGGUGCUCCGCGGCCUUCUCCAUGCCGACCCUGCCCACACUUCCCUCCUCCUUGUUGAACCUCUCUUCAAUAUCCCCUCCAUACAGCGCGCCACCGACGAGCUUGUCUUCGAGGACUUCGGCUUUCAGUCCUUCUACGUCGCCGACUCUCCCUCACUCGUCCACCUCUACGAGGCCAGCCGCUGCCCAGCCCUUGCCACUGCGCAAUGCAGUCUGGUGGUGGACUGCGGCUUCUCCUUUACCCACGCUGCUCCGGUUCUGCAGAAUUUCACUCUCAACUAUGGGGCGAGGAGGCUGGAUCUCGGAGGAAAAGCUCUCACCAACUACCUCAAGGAGCUGGUUUCCUACCGCUCUGUCAACGUGAUGGACGAGACCUUCAUCAUCGAUGAUGCCAAGGAAAAGCUUUGCUUCGUGUCUUUAGACGUGACCAGGGACCUCCAUCUUGCCAGGUAGAACCGCGCCCCCUUAGCUGUAUUCCAUUUAUUUUUCUCUCUUUCGUCCUACGCGCUGGCAGAGUGUAUUCUGCUGCACACGUCGAUCCAUUCACCACCGUCACUUCUCAGAUAUACAUCACCGGCGUCUUGUUGCUUGCCUCUGUGACUGAUUCUUUAAAUUCCUUAUCAGACCACGUCGAAGCGCAAUACUACUUCACCUGGACUCAUGAGUAUGCCAACCUGUGGAUAGGUUUAGAUUUUUGGUUUUCAGCGAGACAAUAAUCUCAAAUGGCUUCUGCCUUCUUUGCUACGCUAGCCUAUGCCCGGAACCCCUUAUUCUUAUCCUUCAAUAUUUUUGUGCUUAACGCCGGAAGCGGCGUAUAUGUCCCAAAAAUAGAAGCCUCAUGUUUCCAGGUGCAUCAUCCCAGGGUAGUUGUGCUGGCCAUGCGUGCUUCUAGAUCUGACUGAAACACAAACUGUUCUCUUGAAGGUUGUCAUGCCUUUAUCAUCAUAAUCUUCACUCAAUACAUCUUCCAAAAUGCUGCACGUUCUUCCGUGGAUACUAUAUCCGAAUGUAAAACCAUCUUUAGAUGGGGUUACCGGAUUUUUUUACACAGAUUGACGACCAUCAGGUUUGUUAGUAUGGAUAGAUGCUUCAAAGUUAUACGCCAGACAGCUGUGAAAUGGGGUAAAUAGCCAUGACUUUUAAGGCACUUGUACGGGAAAUUUUAGUUCGAAUAGACAUGCCAGGCUGCAUUCAUUCAGUUGUUCACAAUAAUAUUACGGUGUAAUGAUUGAUUGGUGGUCUACUUUACAUGUGACAUGCAAAUUAUUAGAAUUAACAAAACCUGAAUUUCAGUGUCGAUUGCUUGAAAUUACUGGACAGGGUGUGGUGACUGGAAAGUUCCCAAGCUGGGCUAAUAGAAUUUUGGAGAUGCUCUGAGAAAAGGGGACUCAUUGUGUCAAGGUACACGAGGAUGACAGUUUUUGAAUUUUUGUGGAAGGAUUUAAUUUGGUCGAAUAUGUUCCUUAUUAUAAUAAGAUCUAACUGUAGAGAAUGCCAAGAUAAGUUGUCCAUCUGUGAUAGCGUUUGGGAACUUUAAGACAUGUAGAAAACUCCAACUGCCUUUUUGAGUAACAAAGAUGGGAACUGUAGUUCAUCUCUUUGCAGGAGUCGUCGUGCUAUGGGAGCUUCUUUUUUGUAGCAUUGAUGAGUCGAUUUUUACCUGUAAAGUCAUUAUAAUAUCAGGAAAUUUAUCCCUAGUAGCAACAUGGGAGAUCCCGAGGAUUUAGCUCUCUUUCAUAUGGUUAAGCAAAUAAGAAUCCUUUUUUUGUUACAUUCUUUAGGCUUUUCUUUUUUGGUUCCGUCUAGGUUCUGGUUAGAUCAGUAGUAGUCUGCUGUUUUGACUUCUGUUGUGUCUUGUGAUUCAUUUAAUUGGCGCAUUUUCUUCCCAAGUUUCUUUUAUUCUAGUGUUUUCAUAAAUAGUUGAUUCCAUCAUCCUAAAAAAUGUUCAGUGAUUGUCAUCUGAGUUGAAACUAUGCUUGAGAAUUUGAAUUUCACUUGAUAUCUACCAUGCUUAAUAAAUUUGAGAAUCAAACUUUAUUGGUAACAUAUGACAUCGAGAUAAAGAAUUUGGUUCCUCAAUUGUAAACCUUGUUGUAAAAAGAGCUCUGGUUCAUUGAUUCAAAGUGUGGGAUCAGAUACUCGGCCAUUUAGGGCCAGAUAUUUUUUCUUACCGGUAUAUUUCAUCAUAACCUUUUAAUAUUUGUCAUUUCCUAGAUAUUUUUGCAUAACCUUCUUCCUAGUUGGCCAUAUCAAGAAUGGUUACUAUCAUUUAUUUCAUGUCCAAUAGGAGGUCAGGUAAAGACAAUCCAUUCAAAUGCACAUACGUCUUGCCUGAUGGAAUUACAUGCACAAAGGGUUUUGUAAAAGACAAGGAUGAAGCAUGGAGAUUCCUUUCUUCCCGAGAUGUGCAGUCACUGCCACUGGCUGCUACAAGGGAAGGAACCGCGCAUUUGGAAGAUACAGAGAAAGCUAAGGAUAGGAGAAUCGAUUUGACAAAAAACGUAACUAUCAUAAAGUGCCUUUGCGCCUCUCCGUUUCAGGAAUUCUCCAUAUGAAACAUUUUUCUUUCUUGCAGGAGUUUAACAUGACAAAUGAGCGCUUCCUUGUGCCAGAGAUGAUUUUCCGUCCCGCUGAUCUGGGUUUGUUUAGUAUUCAUUUCAGAUGGGAUAUUCCUUAGGCCUUUUGACUAUCUAUUUCUUGAUGAUUUCCUAUGUUAACGUUUUGUUAUUGAUGAUUUACUAUAUUGUAUUUAUUGUAUCUACUCGAAUAUAUGUGGAAUCGUGAGGCGGCAGUUAUCUCUCUUGAUGGACAGAAUACGCUCAGACAGUUAUAUCUUCCUAUUUCGAGAUUUCAUCUUUGAUGCAUGUUCACUGUAACACACUUGGGGUUGAUAGGCAUGCACAGCAGUUGUUUUCCUGGGCCUCUUUUCUUGUCGAUAGAUUGUGCUCCAAACAUGAAGCGGAGAUGGUGCUAGGGAUAUUCAGAUUUUGCAUAAACAAGAUAGUUGCUUAUAUAUCAUUCUGGGCUUGUAAAAGACGACGAGUCGUCUGUCUACUUUUCUGGGCGUCUUGUCCUGAUGAUUAGUUGUCUGAAUUUGGUAAAAUGAUUGUUUCGACAUGAUAUUAAGUGCAGUUAAUGGAAUGGCAACGGCACUCUUGCAGGAAUGAAUGAGGCAGGACUCGCUGAGUGCGUUGUUAGGGCUGUCCAUGCAUGCCACCCUCACCUUCAUCCUGUACUCUUUGAGAGGUAGUCUUGCAAUUUCUUUAGUUGUCACAUGAUUUGCUAAUGGUUCUUUUUGCGAGUUUUCCUUAUCUUGGAAGAUGCCAUCAUUUUUUUUUUUCUAAAAUAGGAUUUUCUGUCUGCAGUAUUAUAUUGACUGGCGGGAGUACCUUGUUUCCUCAAUUCGCAGAAAGACUGUAAGUCUCCCUACCCAUCUUGGUUGCGGGGGGUGGUGGGGGGGAGGGGAGGGAGCAGUUGCGCAGAAAUUAAUCGAUGAUUUCGUCUUCUACUUUUCAGACAACAGGAGCUUCGGCCACUUAUACGUGAUGACUACCGUCUGAAGAUAAUAACUCAAGAGGAGUAUGAAUAUGUGUUGCUGAUUCUUGCUUCUCUUUAAAUUGGUUUUUGACCCUUAGUUACUAUUUGGUUAUCCCCAGUCCCAUUCUAGGUGUGUGGCGAGGUGGAUCCCUUCUUGCUUCUAGUCCUGAUUUUGAAGAAAUGUGCGUCACCAAGCUAGAGUAUGAAGAGUUUGGAUCUGCUCGAUGUCGGCGGCGGUUUUUCCACUGA